AUGCACGACGAAGGCGGCGAAGCCGGCGGCUCCUGCGGCCAGCAACCGCUGGACCCCUCUGAAGCCGGCCAGCUGGAAAACAACCACCACUCCGGCCACGUUUGCGGUGGCGCGCACAAGGAGUCGUCGGCGCCUUACGCCCAUUUCCGGUUCGACCGUCGCAUGCCUCCCUGCGGUCAUACGCUGCGGAGUCGUAGGAAUCGACGUCCCAACGGAAUAUCGGUGGCCUGCCAAACCGACACGACCGAGGAAUACCCCCGGGAAGCGAGUUUAUUGACGCCGAAAGUCGACACGUCGACGCAAGCGGAAGCCUCGUCAUCCUCGGAGGGUGUUUUGCGAUUGAUGAUCCAAAACUUUCCGAAUAUGAACGACACGGUGCGGGGACCGAGUAAAAACAUCAACGGGGUGCAAUGGCGCAUCAUGGUGAUGCCACGGCAGCACGUUGUCCAAAAGAAGGGGACGCAAAAAUGCUUGGGCUUUUUUCUGCAAUGCUGUCCGGAUGCUUAUUCGGACACAUGGCAAUGUCAAGCGGCGGCGGAACUGCGGCUUAUAUCGCAGAAGCCCGGCGUGGCACAUUUCCAUCGAAAAACAAAUCACACCUACACAGCCAAGGAGAACGAUUGGGGAUACUCGUGCUUCAUGACUUGGGCGGACAUCCUGGACGAAAGCCAGGGCUACAUCAAAGAUGAUCGGGUGGUAUUGGAAGUCUCGGUGAAGGCGGACGCACCGAAGAACAUUCUGACAAAAGAGGAAUUCCAAAAGCAGAUCCACAGCUGGUACGAACUGGCGGUUCUACAGCACCAGCGUGGCUGCAUCGACUUGGCGCUUGAGGCGAACGCGCAGGCGCUCAAGUUCUGCAAGGAUCGGGACGCGGCGAUCAAGGACAAGCUGGAGACGCAGAAGAAAUUUUUGGUCGACCAGAAGGUCGUCGAGAGCAUCCAGCGGAUAGAGAAGAAAGAUCAACGCGGCGGCUCCGAAGAUGACAACAACCCGACAGCCGUCCGGUUGGCCAUCACACAAUCAUCAGCGCCAAAAGUCCCGGCUGCCAAGGGCAAAAAUGGCAAGAAGGGCGCCGGCGGCGUCACGGCCAAGAAGAAGAACACCCGCGCGUCCACCCCUCCCGGUUCACCACCAUCCGAGGAGAAGAAGGAGGCCAACGGCCAUCAAAACGGACUGGACGGCCGUUUCUCCAAGCAGCUCUACCACCGCGGCGGCAUGAAGGAGGACAGCCUGAUACACCUGGCGAAACAGAUCUACGAGCUGCCGGUGGACGCGAUCCCGCUGGACGAGGAGAACACCAAGGAGCACCUGCACAUGAUGAUCGACCAGUUCCUGCGCUCGUCAAAGACCAACACUGGCCCGCUGGACAUGGAGCUGCAGCGGCAGCACAUUAUUCGCAAAGCAAUCUCGUUUGUUGAGGAGUACGAGGAGAAGGUAGCGGAAGGAAAGGAUUUGGUCUCAACCGACCUCGAUUCCACCCUUCCACAGUACGAGCUUGACAUCGCCGAACUGUGGAAGCCGACGUUUGAUGCUCGCGUUGAGGAGCGCUUGCAGGUGAUCGAGGAUAACAUGAUGUGGCUCGACGCGAAGGUCCGCCUGUUCUGGGUGAGUGUCAAGCGUUUGAUGGAGAUGGACGAAGACGAUAGCUACACGGACGGCUCGUGCUCAUCGGAUACGGAUUCCGGAAGUGUCCCAAAGAAAUGCGACUCUGAGUGCCAAACGGAGCCCGACUGCGAGAUGGUCGUCCUGCACCAACUGGAGCAGGACAAGAAGAAUUCGACCGGCGAGACGGUGCCCGUGCCCACAGUGCGAGUUCCGGCCCCGCCAAGGACGCAGCGCCCCAUGAAGACCGUGGCCAAGAAGAGCACCGCCGUCAGCGGCAAGGCGGCCGCCAAUGCGCAGGUCAUCAACCAACAACUCCAGCAAAUGCAGCAACAGCAGAUGAACCAGGCUCCCCUGGUGCCACAGACGCAGUCCGUGCAGCAGACGAUGCAGCCGAUGGUGAACGACCUCGUCGACCCGAACCAUCUGAUCCAGGGCCUGGUGGGUUACAUCGAUGGCAUGACGGCGGCCCAGAUGGUGCUCAAUGGCUCGCCCUCGUGCAAGCUAAAUGUUCCCCUGCUCCAGGUGCCCGCUUCUUACGCCACUGCUAUCCAUGCGCCGCCGCCAAUGGAAUUUGCCAUGCGACUGCACCAAGAACCACUCGAUCAAUUCCAGAGCGCCAUGCCGCAGCUCCAACCGCAGACCUACCUCAACGAGCAGACCAUGGCCCACCAGCAGCAGCAACAUCAGCAGGCCCAGCAACCCGGUCAUCCGAUGGCGAUGGGACAGUACAUGCAGCCGCCGCCCGGCUUCGACCAGGAACGCUAUCACCAGGACGUCGCUGCAGGAUUCUGGCCGCCGUCGCCGUUCCUACACUACACUGCGCGCCAAAAGCCGAGGAGGCCUCAACAGUCUGCGACGGCCGAGCUGACCCCCGAAGAGCUCAACCCGGCCACACAGGACUACAUCACGCACGCCUUUGCGCGGAUCUGGAGCACGAUGGCAGGACGGGGAGAUGAUGUCGCGGUCGCCCAGCAGUUCACCCAAAUCGACCCGAACGCCCCGAUGCUGCCCUACGAACAAUAUGUUGGCGGCUAUCAAAAUGGAAUGUACCCGAACGCCGCGGCCCAGCAACAGCACCAAAUCCAUCUGGCCCUCUCCGUGAUGGCCAUGUGCUGUGUGAACGCGAAGAAGGCCGAGGAGAAGCUCAGCGCCAUCACCCAGCAUAUUGAUCAAAAUGUUCGCAACCCGGACGUUCAAAAUGCGCUCCGGUCGCUGUGCAAGCUCGGCGAUAUGGUUGUCGUUGAAGAGGAGGAAGAGAUCGAGACCCCGAUUCACGACGAAAAGGAUUCCGGUGAAGACUACUUGCUCAACCGUCACGUCGCGCGCCUCGAAAAUCUCCAGCAAAAGGCCGAGAAAUACUCCUACUACAUCCACAGCAAGGACCGCGAAAAGUUGUCGCAAGCCGUGUCGGCUGUCGAGGCCAAAUUCGAGAAGCUCGACAAGGAGAAGGCUCGCCUUCAGAAGCUCAGCGACGAGUCCAAGCGCGAGGCCGACAAGUCGGAGAAGAACCUGACAAAGACGCUCGGCGAGCUCAGGUCCGAGAAGGAGAUCAAGGACAAGUUGAACAACCAGCUGAAAGAGAAGAACAAGGAGAUCAAGAAGCUGGAGAAGCGCGUCAAGGAGCUGACGGCUCAGGCCGAGGAGAAGGACGAGCUUCGCGAGCAAAAGGAUGCGCUUUACAAAGAGCUUCAGGCUGAGAAAAAGAAGUACCAAGAGGCUGAAAAUCGGGUGAAGCGGGAGACCGCCGCCAAGGAGGAGCUGAAACGCCACCUCGCCGAUGAGACUCGCUCAAAGGAGUCCGAGAACUCGAGGUUGAGCCAGGCCAACGAGGAUCUCAAGUCGCAGCUCAAGAAGGCCGAGCAAACGGCUGCUUCUGAGAAGCAGAAGGCUGCCGCUGCCCACAACCAAGCCCUCGAGCGCGCGAAGAAGGUCGAAAUCCAGUUUGUGGAGCUUGUCUACGAGGUCGGCACCAAGAAGCUGGAGCAGGCCAAGGAGGAGGCGUCGAAGAACAUGCGCGAGAUGGAGGACGCGGCGGCGAAUCGCGCACGCAACGCGCAAGAGCAACAACUGUACGCCGCGUCGAAGGACGAGUGGAAGGCCAAGGUUGACGAUAUUCAGAAGUUACUGAAUCAGGCCAAGACCGAGUUCAACGCGCAGCACGAGGCGCUGAAGAAGGGAAGGCCUCUCUCCGAGCUGCCGAAGUUCCACGUGCCCGCACCACCACCACCGUGCAAGGUCGUCCAGAUUCAACCGCUUGUCCCGGCAUCGGUUGUGCUUCCACCGGAGAACAGGGCUGGCGUCAUCGGACAUCGUACCGGCGCCUCGCAACUCCCAACCCCAAUCGGCACCAGCAUCUCGCCGCAGAACAAAGCCCCCGGAUCGCCCGUUCAGAAGCCGGUGGCCACCGUCGCCUCGCAACCACAGACAUCAAGCCCGAGCCGUCACGAUUUUGCAGGAACGCCCAUCUCGACCUGCCGAAUUGCCAAUGGCGGAGAAGCGUCCGGCGUGGGCCCUGCCACCAACUGCACGAAUGCCCCGGGAACCGGCGCUCUGCCCACGUGGAGCCACUGGAACGAUUUCAACUUGACCGACAGUCUCUUCCCGACCGGCAACCGCACUUUCGGCUCGCUCACCAGCGACUUUGCAUCUACGCCAGCCUCCUCCAACUCGUCGUCCGGCCAGAAUCACACCACCACCAACGGAUGGCCCGAUGAGAGCGGCUGGGGUGCGAACAAGCCGGCGGCUGCGGCACCCGCGCCCGGCGCCCACAACACCUACAUGCGCGGCGUGAGCCCGAGCUUCGCCGGCGGCAACGUCUGGGACAGCUCGCGCGCCGCGCCGCCCACCAGCGCCCCGAACCCGACGCCGCCCGCGCACAACACCGCCCAGGGCCCCAACGCUCAAGUUAGGUACCAAACAAUCAUCGCGCGGCUCGUGGAAUUCUUCAACGGAUUCGAACAGGCUAAGCUCGUCGACCUGGCCAACCAGUACUGCAUCGAGAACAAGACGAACCUGCAGAACGAGAGCCUCGAGGGAGCUGUGGCGAUUCUGAAGGAUUUCAUCCUGAAGAAGGUGCGCGCAAAUGGGAUGCAACCCACGAGCCAGAUGCAAAUGCCGCCGAAUCGCCGUAUCCAGCCUCCACCAGGCGUCUCCAACGCCGCCUACAUGGGAAUGGCCGGCGGAAUGCCCCAGCUUGACAUCGGCGCCCGCCCCAACCCGCUCGGCUACCCGCCCCUCAUCGAGCCGCCGCACCUCCUCAACGGCGACGCCUCGCGCAACAUCCUCCAGAAUGAGAAAUGGAACAUUUCC